GUGGUCCAUUCAGAUACUGGCAGUCCAGAUACGGACAAGGAUUUUGACCUGACUGCUGACAUGAUGGUCCAUGAUUAUGACGACGAAAGAACCCUUGAAGAGGAGGAGGCCCUGGCUGGUAGUGAUACAGAGGAAUUAGAUGAUCUUCAGAAGGAGAGUGAGAUGCCCAUAGAAGACCUCUUGGCUCAGUACACGACCGGAGCAGGGGCAGUAGAGUUGACUGGCGACCUCACAAGUGACUCAUCCUCUAGCAGUGAAGAUGAGGAUUCGGAAAGCCACGAAGUGGCAGCAAUCAAAACAGCCACUCACGACAAACACAACAACGGCAGCGUUGCCAUCGAACCCACCAAAAUUGUGUCUCGGUCUCAAACAGAACGGCUCCUGAGGUCUACCAUUCAUCAUGAAAGUGACGACUCAGAAUCAUCAACAGAGGAUGAAAAUUAUGAGCCAAUUGAAGAACAUAAAAAGACAAUACAAGUUGGCUCUGACUUCCAAGCAGUCAUCCCAGUUGGUCUGUCUGUCUAUGGGGAUGCUCCAGCUUAUGAGAACGAAGACAGACUUUUGUGGGAUCCAUCAAAAAUUAAGGACGAAACUGCCCUGAAUGAGUACCUGUGCAAUAUUCAGCGCGAGGUCGAUAAAAAGUUGCAGACAGUGUCCAACAUUCCACGAGGAAAGCACAUUAGAGAUGAUGAACAGGCAUUGUUCUUAUUGCUGCAAUGUGACAAUAAUAUAGAAGAAGCGGAAAGGAGGAGGAAAAUGCAAGCAGUUCCACCAACAGACGUGAUGAGCUUAUGGUCAGAGGAUGAGUGCAGGAACUUUGAAGAUGGACUUCGACUCUAUGGCAAAAACUUUCAUGAAAUUCAUCACAAUAAGGUACGGACAAGAUCUGUGUAUGAGUUGGUUCAUUUUUAUUACCUCUGGAAGAAAACUGAGAGACAUGAUAUCUUUGCUGCAAAAACCAGAGCAGAGAAGAGGAAAUAUGCACUCAGUUCUGGUGCAAUAGAUCACAUGGAUCGUUUCCUGGAGGAGCAAGAGCUGGAGCUGAACCAGCUAACAGCACCUCAGAUCUCGGAGGCAAAGACGGAGGCUAAUGAUGAUGAACACACCAAGUCCAACAUUGGCAUUUUCAACACAGGCAAAACAACAAUUUUGUCCCCCUCUCGGCAUGCAGAAAAAACCCUUAGCUCUUCAAAGCGUUCUCACCCAAACCACCUUGAAUUCAACGGCAGCAAUUCUGCAGAGUAUUCAUCACCCAAAAAGCUUAAGGUUGACACCUCAUCCUGUGAAAACCCCACUCCAAAGAAGCAGAAACUGCAUGAAAACGUGCCAGAGUCCAGUCGAACUGUUGAGAUUAAUAGCUCGUCGUCUGCACCCACGUCAUUACCCAUCACUUCCACAUCUGUCAGAAGUCCUAGCAAAAGCCACCACUCUUCAGAGCAAGGGAGUGAGCCUAAACACAUAGCUGCCACAGCCUCAGCGGUAGCAGGCGAAUUACCAAAUCAAGACACUGACAACAGCAUCUCCGGAGUGGCACAGUCAACCUCAGCAGAUAUAUCACUGACCAAGGAGAUUUCCGAGGCAUCCGGCAAUUUGUCAGGCAAAUAUGGAGGUGUGGUUACAAGUGUUGGCAGCAAGUCUUUAACUGAAGGAGGCGAUAAACAUGCACCGUGCAUUACAAAUUGUAUUUAA